UUUCUCCGUGUGGCGUGAAAAAUCAUCCAUCCGUUCAGUUUCAUUUUUUCAUCAGCGUAGUUUGGAUCGUUCUCGUGAUUUUUCGUGCGGACUGCGUGUCAUCCUCGCGCGAGUGAGUAAUCAGAAAAUUUUUACCACUUCUAGCGGCUGUGAGGGCAGUGAAAAAGCUCACGCGUCAUUCGCAGAAAGUGUAGUGCGAAAAGUGGUCGACAGAUUUUUGCGGAAUCAAGGUGCAAAACCAACGGCAGUGCGGCGAAGGUCAUUAUUUUUCCCAGCGAGGGUAGUGCGGGCAAAAAAAGCAAGCCGUGUGUGGAGUGGAUUGUGGUGAAAAGAGAAAAAAACGGUCCGCUGGAAGAGGAGGGUUGCACUUAGUGAUAAAACUGGAAAUUUUCCUUGAACAAAGCCAGCAGCAGAUUAAUCGGCACAAUGUCAGUGAUUGGAAUAGAUUUCGGCAACGAGUCCUGUUACGUCGCCGUGGCAAAGGCCGGUGGAAUCGAAACCAUCGCCAAUGAUUACAGCCUGCGAGCCACCCCAUCAUGCGUUGCAUUCGCGGGACGAAACCGUGUGCUCGGUGUGGCCGCCAAGAAUCAGCAGGUAACCAACAUGAACAACACAAUCGGCGGCUUCAAAAGGUUGCUCGGCCGCAAGUACAACGAUCCGCAUGUACAGAACGAACUCCGCAAGAUACCGUACAAGGUGGAACCCCGGCCGGACGGUGGCAUCGGCAUACGGGUUCACUACCAGGACGAGGAAACUGUGUUCAGCCCGGAACAGAUCACCGCGAUGCUGUUCACCAAACUCAAGGACGACUCCUUCAAGGAGCUCAAGACGCAGAUCAAUGAUUGCGUCAUUACGGUGCCGUCGUACUUUACCAAUGCCGAGCGGCAGGCUCUGCUCGACGCGGCUGGCAUCUGCGGACUGAACGUUCUACGGUUAAUGAAUGAAACCACGGCCACCGCUCUCAGCUACGGUUUCUAUAAGCAGGACCUCCCGGCUCCAGAGGAGAAAGCUCGUGUAGUGGUCUUUGUAGAUUGUGGCCACGCGUCGCUGCAAAUUUCAGCCUGUGCCUUCCACAAGGGCAAACUAAAGAUGCUGGCAAGCUGUGCCGAUCAAGUCGGCGGACGGGACUUCGAUUAUGCCUUGGCGGAGCACUUUAGCAACGAAUUCCAGACCAAGUAUAAAAUCGAUCCCAGGACAAACAAGCGGGCUUAUCUUCGUUUGCUGACCGAGGCUGAAAAGCUUAAGAAGCAGAUGUCCGCCAACAGCACCAAACUGCCGCUAAACAUCGAGUGCUUCAUGAAUGAAAUUGACGUCCACUCGACGAUGCAGCGGGUCGAUAUGGAAGCGAUGUGCGCCGGUUUGCUUCAGCGCAUCGAAGCUACCAUGAAGAAACUGUUGAACGAUUCUAACCUGGCUCUGGAGGACAUACAUUCCGUCGAGAUUGUCGGAGGUAGUAGCCGUAUUCCGGCCAUCAAGCAGCUGAUUGAGCAGAUCUUCAACAAGACGGCAAGCACUACACUGAACCAGGACGAGGCAGUAUCGCGCGGUGCCGCUUUGCAGUGCGCCAUUUUGUCGCCAGCGGUUCGCGUGCGCGAGUUCAACUGCAGCGACGUGCAAGCCUACCCGGUGUUGAUCUCAUGGGAAGAUGGAACUCAACGGAACGAAAUGAAAGUGUUCGAGCAGUAUCACGCAGCCCCAUUCUCUCGGUUACUGACCGUUCAACGUCGGGAACCGCUGACCAUCAACGUUCACUACGAACCGAAUAGUGUUCCCUUUCCGGAUCCGUUCAUCGGUGCGUUCCAUGUUAAGGACAUCAAACCGAACGCCAACGGUGAUCCUCAAGAGGUGAAGAUCAAGGUCCGUAUUAACCAGAAUGGAAUCCUACUGGUUUCCAGUGCCACCAUGGUGGAGAAACAGGAAAGCGAAGAACCCGUCACGCCUCCCGGUGCAGCCAAUGGGGAACAGCAGGCCCAGGCUAACUCAGGAGAGGAAUCACCCAAGGCAGGAGAACCAAUGGACCUUCGAGAGGGUAGCGAUGAUGAGCAAUCUAAAAAUGAUUCCACUAAAUCAGACAACGAUAACAGUGGAGGUGGAGGGAGUUGGACGCAGAGGGUCAGCAGAUGGUUUACCUCUUCGGACAAGAAAAAGAAGGUUACUACGAAAUCCAUUGAUCUAACGGUUGAUGGCAAAACGCAUGGAUUCCUCAGCACCGAACUAUCCAAGUACCACGAAUUGGAAAUGCAAAUGAUUGCUAACGAUCGCCAGGAGAAGGAACGUAUUGAUGCGCGCAAUGCACUCGAGGAGUUCGUCUAUGAAGUACGCGGCAAAAUUCAGGAGGAUGGCGAGCUGCAUGCCUAUGUCGAAUCGGACGAGGCCUCCAAGAUUUGUCUCCAGCUGGAGGACAUCGAGAACUGGCUGUACGAAGACGGAGAAAAUUGUGAGCGAACCGUGUACAAGGACAAACUUCUUGCGCUGCACAAACAAACGGACCCCAUCCGGGUGCGGUGCGAAGAGUACAACGGUCACGACCAAGCAUUUACCGAGCUGGGGCACAUCAUCCAACAAACGUACAAGGCCGUCGAGCAGUUCCGCGCCAAGGAUCCCAAGUAUGACCACCUGACCGAGACCGAGAUCCUGAACAUCACCGAAGCGGCACAGAAGGCGCAAAAGUGGUACGAAGAGGCGCGGGGUAAGCUGGUGAAUGUGCGCAAAACGCAAGACGCCCCGAUAAAGGUAGCUGACAUCCGCCACGAAAAUCAAACCCUUGCAACCUGCACGAACUCGGUGCUGAACCGACCGAAGCCAAAGCCUCCAACCCCGCCAGCGGACAGCAACAAAGAUCAACAAUCCCAGCAGAAUGGAACCGAUCCAUCCAAGGACCAACCAACGGAACCUCCGAAGGACUUCACCGAGGACAAGAUGGACGUAGAAUAAAAUAGUUAAAUAGUUUCUCUUCGCUGCGCGUUUACGUUACACACAUUACACAACCCCAGAUAAACUACACAAACACACCUACACCCCCUAUUUUAUUAUUAUUGAAUGAUUAACUAAAAAGGGACGAGUAAUGGACACGUGAGAGAGGUGCGAGUGUGGUCAGAUUUGUAUAAAUGCAAAGCUUGUAUUUUUAUGUUUCACUUAAAAUUGAACCAAUAGCCGUAAGUUCCAGUAAACUUCACUACACAACCCGGAAGAAUGAUUAAUUAUAACAACUGAAAGUCAUUGACACAGUAAGGUAGAACUUCUCUUUAAUGCUUUAAAAUCAAAAUAUCUGAAAUAUACGUUCAUGCUUCGUUUCUCCUUGAAAAUAAAACGGUUUGUUUUAUCCGUACUGUGCAUAUUUCACCAAAAGCCAAUACAGCACAUGAGUUCAUAUAGUUGUUCAAUGUUAAACAUGUCGAGCAGUCAACGGGCUACUAACAAGUAACAAAUGAUAAGUAAUUGAAUAAAGCGAUAGCUAGACAAACAUCAUCAUAUAUUAAAAGAACUGUGUAUCACUUUAAAAGUACUGUUCUACUUGGUUUUGGGAGGAUUCCUGCAGAGGCUGGAUGGACUAAAAAAUGGAUCGACAUGUCGUAAAUAAGAAUAGGGUUGAUAUGUGAAACCACAACAAAAAAACUUGAUUCCAAAACAAUUUACUAAAUUUGCUUCUUUUUUGGGAAACUAUCAUUUUUUUCGAGUAAAAAAAAACAACCAUUCGCAGAUGCGGAAGUUAUGGAUAUAGCUAGACAAAGCUCUUGAAUGCGGAAAAACUAGUAAAUGGAUCAUGUAAUGUUUGACUUGGUAUAAUAGCAACGUUUCGAGAAGCAAGCGCAUGUUGUACUGAACUAAUCCUCCAGCUCCAAUUAUAUUACAUUGUUGAUGUAGGUAUGAAACACGCUAAUCUAAAACAAACGAAUGAAAUAUGGAGACAAAACUA